AUGGUAUCGGCAUUGAUUUAUAUCGCGUUCUUCAUUUUACUGACGAUACUUCCACAAGCAUCCUUCGAAGCUCCCGAUGACUACGACUAUGAAUCUUUAAGCAACGGAGCACAAGAACUACCCGAGGAUACCCACCCUGAUGAUGAGUACGUACGUCGGAUACAUUCAAUGAUCGACUCGUACAGAAGCAGUAUAAACGGACGCAUGGUGAUCGAAAGUAACGCACUCAUCAACACCAAAUAUCGGAUAUGGAAAAGGAAUGCCGAUUUAAUCAAUUCACUGCUGGCGUUACCAAAAGACAUGAAUGAUGUUGGACGCCGUUGAAAUAUGGCUGACUUUAUUAUACAUAAACAGCCCCGACUUAGGAUUUGAACAAUUGACUACUUGAUAGUUAUAACAAUAACUAUAUGUAGUAUUUUUUAUUUCAAAAUAAAUUGUAAGUGUAGUUUAUUUUUGUAAUAUCAACUCUUGGAUUACAAGCAACAAAACGCGGGCGACGGACGGAGACACGUUAUGUCUGUGAGCAUUGUAUGACGUCACAUUUCAAUUUAUUAGAAAUAAGCUCAUAGAGGAUUGGAAAUAAAUAAAAAUCUGUUUGUCAAAACAAUAUAA